CCCCUCCUGCCCCCCCCGUACCGUAAAUCGGUUGUACACCACUGUCGUCACGCAUGACACACACAUACCAACGGCAUUCACCAGUUGUAAAGACGGUUGGGUGUUGGCCGUCAUUGAACCACCGGCAGUCGAAGUGUUGCAGAUUUACCGGAUCCAGUGUAACAACAGGAGAAUAAAAUGUCUCAGGGACAGUACUAUCCAUUCAAAUGCACACCAACAGUGUACCCCGCGGAGCCCUUCGAUGCCACCUCCGACGCUGCACUGCUGCGAAAAGCAAUGAAGGGCUUUGGCACCGAUGAAAAAACAUUGAUAGACGUUAUCACGAGACGUGGAAUAGUCCAGCGUCUGGAGAUCGCCGAGGCGUACAAGACGCAGUACGGAAAGGACCUGAUCAGUGACCUGAAGAGCGAGUUGUCUGGAAAACUGUCUGACGUCAUCGUCGGCCUCAUGACCCCACUGCCACAUUAUUACGCAAAAGAACUCCACGACGCCAUUUCCGGGCUUGGUACCGACGAGGAGGCCAUCAUCGAGAUCCUCUGUACACUCAGUAAUUACGGGAUAAGGACGAUCGCAGCGUUUUAUGAGAAUCUUUAUGGAAAAAGUUUGGAGAAGGAUUUGAAGGACGACACAUCCGGCCACUUCAAGCGGCUGAUUGUCUCCCUCUGCCAGGCGAACCGUGACGAAAAUCAGGGAAUAGAUCACACUCAGGCCCAGUCAGAUGCCCAGAAUCUGUUCGAUGUUGGUGAGAAGCAAUGGGGCACCGAGGAAUCACAAUUCAACGCCAUUCUCGUCACCCGGAGCUACCAACAGCUACGCCAGACAUUCCUGGAGUACGAGAAGAUCUCUGGACAUGACAUUGAAGUGGCCAUCAAGAAGGAGUUCUCAGGAAGUAUUGAGAAGGGACUCCUUGGCAUCGUCAAAUGUGUAAAAUCCAAGGUCGGUUUCUUUGCUGAGAGACUCCACGCAGCGAUGCAGGGCAUUGGCACCAAGGAUCGCACUCUCAUUCGCAUUAUCGUUUCGAGGAGUGAAAUUGAUCUUGGUGACAUCAAGAAGGCCUUUGAGGAGCGAUAUGGAAAGUCACUCGAGAGCUGGAUCACUGGUGAUACUUCUGGGGACUACAAGAAAGCUCUUCUCUCCAUUGUCUCCACAUAAGGAGAAUUGGGAGCUGUUAGUGUUACCACAAUGUCCAAAAAUUAUAUUCAGAAUCUCCAGUCUCCCAACUGUGUUCAAACUUGUUAAUCUGAUGAUGAAAUAAUUUUUUUAGGGAUUUUGUAAUUAACUGGGACAAGUGCAUUUCACCUGCUGUUGGAUUGAAAAGUAUAGACUCCUGGACAUCCCCUUCAGAGGUUCUCGGAGUGAAUGAGAAUCUAACACAUUCAACUUCCUGAACAUUAAGAUAUUUCUAGAGAACAAAAAAUUAUGUUAAUGAUAAGGAAUUUUGGAACCAUAAAAAUGCUGCCAGGGGUGUACUUUAUUUUGAAGGGGGAGGGGCGAGGGUGGAGAAUGCACUUAUCCUAGUUUAUCGAUUGACUACAGAUUUGUUAAUGUCCAUAUUAUUGUUGGGAGAAAUUUGAUUAAUUUGUUGUAAAAGAUGCAAUAGUAGAUCGAUACGACUCAAUUUCACAUCCGGUGUUUCAGUGGUGAUUGGAAAAUUUUUAUGAGACCCUUUUCCAUAGAUUAGUAACAGGAACUUUCAAUGAAAGGGCUUUACUAAUUUUUCGUUACACGUCAAGCAACUCAUCUAUUCUUACGAAAUUGCAAUUGAAUUAAUUUGGCUUAUUGAAUAGCAAAAAGAGUACGAAUUUUCCGAGGGAUCUUCCCAGGAAUUUCGCGAAUAUACGCUUAAGAAACAACACGAACAGAUAAUUUUUUAUAUAAUAUAUGUCAAUCAACUGCGAGCUGCGAUGUUUAUACACAUUUAGAACUAUAUUUUUUACACGUAUUUACUAUCUAGAUAUUUUAUUAUUAUAAAUUGCCUUUUAAACUUUUAUUAUACACUGAGGAAACUGAAGGCUAGUCGCUGGUGAGGAGGCUUAGGCCAGUGUUAACUCCAGAUGCCUUGUAUUUUUUUUUGUGGAAUUAUAUUUGUGCUAAUAAAUGAUAAACCUUUGAUGUCAA